AAGGGAGGAACCUGGAUGGAGGCGAAAGCGCUGUGCGAGAGGGAGGGUGCAAGUUUGGCAGAGGCCGAUAACCAAGAAAUGUACGAGUACCUGAUGGCGAACAAUUCUUACACAGUACACGUGGGCAUUUAUUCCAAAUUCGACGAGUGGAUCAGUAUUCGUGACGAAUCGACCGUAAGCAACAUACCAUGGAAGUCUGGUCAACCUAACAACAGUCAAGAAUGUGUUCGGAUAGGAACUUUCUACGGGUCACUAGAAACUAUCGAUUGCCUGGUAACGACUUCGCAUUACGCCUGCGAGCUCCCAAUUCCUGAAAAGGACCCUGCGACGAACAGUGUCAAGCCAACGUGACCGACAACCAGGCUGACCCUAAUCGCGAAAAUUUUAAAUAUACCGUAGGAUUUAUGUACUUUUGACGCAGUAAACAAACAAUGAUUACAACGAUUGCCAAGUGAAAAAUAAAACCCGUAUAUCCGAUCCGAUCCCAAGAUA